AUGUUAGGAGACUUUUAUAUAAACACACUAAGCAACAGCCAAGAAUUCAAAGGUUUACAAGACUGCAUACAAUCCUAUGAUAUUAAAGAUCUACUUGGUCAUGUGCCCACUAGAAUAACUGAGUCAAGCAGCAGUUCCAUAGAUAAUGUAAUGACCAAUUAUGAAAAUGUUGUGUCAGCACAGACUGUAAAUGGGCACAUAUCUGAUCAUCUAGGACAAUUAUUAGUCAUUGGUUGUCUUGAUAAACUUAAACAAAACAAAAAAUAUGAGAAUAGAAGAUUAUUCUCUGAAUACAACAUCACCUUGGUAAAGAAAACUUUGGGUCAAGAAUCUUGGGAAUCAGUUUAUAGAGAAAGGGGAGUUGACAGCAAAUGGGAAGUAUUUGUAAACAUUUUAACUAGACACAUAGAUAUUACUAUCCCAGCAAAGAAGAUCAAUGUAAAUAAAAAUAAACCACCAGUAGUCAAAUGCGUAAAACUGGAUGAAAAAGUGAAAAGACUCCAAGAAGGAAUGGAGUAUAUGUAUAAGCUACACAGAGAAACCAGUCUUGAUUUAUAUAAAGAGGCUUUUAAAAAAUAUAAAUUUGAGUACCACAAGGAAGUAAGGAGAAGGAAAGUAGAACAUAUUAGCAAACAGACCAGAAAUUCUGAUUGUGUCUCAAAGUCAUGCUGGGCAGUAGUUAAUGAUAUGAGGAACACUGAUUCAAAAACUAAAAUUAAUAAUAUAGAGUUAAGUAUACAUAAUGGUACUUUUUCUGAUCCUUAUAUAGUUAGCAAUAUAUUUAAUGAUUACUUUAUAGAUGCUAUAGAAAAUGAUACUUGCAUCAAACAGGAGAGGCAGUUUAAAUAUGAUAAGGAAAAGGAACGGGACUCUUGUAAGCUAGCUACAGUAACCAUCAAGGACAUAACACAGCUAAUUGACAGCCUAAAAAAUAAAAGAUCAGCUGGAUUGGAUGAAUUUUCUCCUUUUCUAAUGAAAAAAUGCAAGGGUGAGUUAGCCAGACUAUUAGUCCAUCUAAUAAAUUGUGUAAUUGAAGAAGAAAUCUUAAUCGAGCACUAUAAUAUGAAUAACUCAAUAGGAGAUUUCCAACAUGGCUUUAGAAGUGGUCAGAGCACCAUAUCUGCAGCAGUACAGUUUGUACACUGUCUGAUGGAGAAAAUAAAUGAGGGUUACAAAACGGGAGGAGUGCUUUUAGAUCUUUCUAAAGCAUUUGAUGGAGUCCAUCAUGGUGUUCUUUUAAGUAAACUUGCUUGUAAUGGUGUCAGUGGGAAACUGUUGCUUUUAAUAGAAUCUUACCUUAAAGAUAGACAACAAUGCACAGAAGUUGUGUGUGAUAAUGGAGAGGUAAUAAAAAAAAAGAAGAUCAAAGAUAAGAAAUAUAAAUUUUGGUGUGCCAUGAGGCUCUACCUUGGGCCCCUUCUUGUUUAUUUGCUACGCGAAUGA